AUGUCGCGACGAACCGUCGUGAGCGAGGCGCGUCGUCGCGCGUCGUGCUUCGUGCAGCCCGUGCCGGGGACGCGCGAGCGACGGUCGACGGCGCCGCUCGACGCGUCGAGCGCGACCGCGGACGCGCCGAGCGGUGCGGAUGUCGGCGCGGAUCGAUGGCGCGCGUUCGAUCACGGCGAUCUCGAGCGUGGGCAAGCGAUGACGCUCGUGAAUGAAGGUCAAGCGAAGCGUGCGUCGGCGAAGCGCGAGCGGGCGAUGACGCGCGCGGCUGGUGGAUGGAGGGAGCGCGUGGAGCGAAUCAAGCGAAGGACGAGCGCGGCGCUGGAGAGCGGACACGUCUCGAUCUGGAUGGCGAACAUCACGGCGUGGGCCCUGUUCGGAGAUGAUCUGCGGCUGUUGACGACGAAUGCGAACGCGGAUUUGGGAUUCUUGGUCCUCGUGUACGUGAGCUUGGUAAGCUUUGGGAUCGAGCUGAUCCUGAGCGUGUUCGCCAUCGAUGGCUUCUUGGGAAGUUUUUACUUUUGGCUCGAUCUCGUGGCCACGACGAGUCUGCUGGCGGACAUCCCGGCGUUCAUGCGAGCAAUCGGUAUGGAUCCAUGCCUAGGUGUGCACUCAAACGGAUCGAAUUUCGAUAGUAUUUCGAACGGCGGCGGCGAUAGUGGUGGUCCGGACGGAGGCUUCGCCAAAGCUGGGAGAGCUUCUCGAGCAGCCACUCGAGCUGGUCGCAUUGUUCGCAUCAUUCGUUUGAUUCGCUUGGUGAAAAUAUUUAAGACGAUUGAGAUGACACGUCAACGCACCGAGCGGCUCGCGAGCCUAGCGGAUGCCAAACGCAACAGCAUGACCAAGCAAGUCGAUCUCAUCUUGGCCGGGACAGCGUAUGAGCACAAAGCCGAAGAUGAGGACUCUCUUCUGGACUUUGAAGAACCCGAAUCUCGCGUGGGACAAAAGUUGAGUGAUUUGACGACGAAACGCGUGAUACUUGGAAUCUUGCUGACGUUGGUCGUGCUUCCACUGUUCGACGUGAGGAUGUAUCCCGUCGGCACGCGGACGGAGCUUGCGAUAGGCGGAUUAGAGAUGGUGCACGAGACCAUGAUCAACACCGUCGGCGAACAACAAGGGUUUUAUCAUGCAGUGGAUAGAUAUUACGAUCAAACCGAUGGGAUGUAUCGACUCGUGGUAAAUGGGACCAACUACGCGCAGAGCACAGAUCUGUCCUUCACGCUCGACGACCGCUCGCACAAGGAGCUCAGGUGCACAGAAUUCGAAUUCACUACGUAUUCGGGUAGCUCUGGACAAGACGCUCUGAGUUUUGUGUUUUUUGAUCGUCAGUACGAAAGUCGUAUUCAAGCUUUGCUCAGCGUGUUACGCACGAUCUUUGUCUGCGUGAUUCUCAUCGUUGGCGCCGUCUUAUUCAGCAAAGACACAAACGCCCUAGUGCUCCGCCCGCUCGAUCGAAUGAUCGACAAAAUCCGGACGAUGAGUGAAAAUCCACUAACGAAGUUUCAAAUUGACGGUGAGGACGACGGUGAGGAGCAGAUGGAAACGCGAUUGUUGGAGAACAGCAUCUCUCGCAUCUGCUCUUUGCUUGCUGUUGGCUUCGGCGACGCUGGUUCGGAAAUUAUCGCAGAAAACAUGAAACGAGGCGGCGCGAUUGAUCCAAUGAUUCCAGGCAAGAAAGUCAUCGCUAUUUUUGGAUUUUGCGACAUCAGGCAGUUCACCGACACCACGGAGGUGUUGCAAGAGGAUAUCAUGGAGUUCGUGAACACGAUAGCGAAGAUUGUUCACAUGGAGGUACAUGUGCACGGCGGUAGCGCCAACAAGAAUAUCGGAGACGCUUUCUUGCUCGUUUGGAAAUUCCCUAAAGAUAUCACUGGCGAUGACAUCGAAAACAUGGAAACGCUAGGUGCGGAAAAGAGACGAAGAAUCCAGAUUAUAGCGGACAAUGCGCUGGCUUCAUUCGUGACCAUCAUCGGCUCGCUUCGCCGCAGUGCACGCUUGAACAGGUAUCGCGAUAAUCAGGGAUUAAACGAACGCAUAAAGGGUUUCGACGUGAAAAUGGGCUUUGGCCUUCACGUCGGUUGGGCCAUUGAGGGCGCGAUCGGGAGCGAGCACAAGGUAGAUGCUUCUUACUUGUCUCCAAAUGUCAACGUGAGUGCACGUCUCGAAGCGGCAACCAAGCAGUUUGGGGUUCCUCUCCUCUUCACCGGGGAAUUCGCAGACUUGUUGUCCCAACACAUUCGAGAAGAAAGUCGACAGAUUGAUUGCGUCACCGUUAAGGGUUCUAUCAAUCCCGUGAAGCUUUACACUUUUGACGUGCAGCCGGAAAACAUCGCAACGCCAGACGAGAAGGUCAACUACGAGCGAACGUUUGAGGAAGAGACUCUGAGCUUGUACGAGUACACAGACGAGUUCAAUGAACAUCCAGACAUUCUGAAAAUGCGAGAAGGAGUGAAACAGUCCUUCCUUUUCGAUUUCAAACGAGGUGUUGAGAGUUACAUUGCUGGAGAUUGGACGCUCGCGACGGAAAUUCUUCAGACAACAAGAACGUACAUCAACGCAAAGGGUGACACCGUCAUGGACGGUCCGAGCGAGAGUCUACUCGCAGUCAUGGAAACAUACGGUGGUUCGGCGCCGAAGCAUUGGAGCGGGUUCCGCGAGCUAACCGAGAAGUGA